GGCGGAGGAGGAGGCGGUGGUGGAGGAGGCGCGCGGCCUGGAGGAGGAGGAUGGAGGAGCAGCCGAAGGAGGGCGAGGCCGAGGUCGCGGAGCACUGGUUCUCCAAGUGGGAGCGCCAGUGCUUGGACGAGGCCGAGCAGGACGAGCAGCUGCCCCCAGAGCUGCAGGAGGAGGCAGCCGCCGAGGCGGCUGGGCUCAAGAGCGAGCAGCAGAGGCUCUGGCACCUCUUCCAGAUCUCAGCCACCGCGGUGGCCCAGCUCUACAAAGAUUCUGGGUGCCAACAGCCAGGACUGUCUAUGUGGGACCCCUUCCAGAAUGCAGCCAUGGCCGUGACCAGCCUCUACAAAGAGAGUGGGGAUGCCCACCAACGAAGUUUUGACCUGGGAGUCCAGGUUGGCUACCAGCGUCGCAUCAAAGAUGUGCUGGAGUGGGUGAAGAAGGGCCGGAGCACCAUUCGCCGCGAAGACCUGAUUAGCUUCCUAUGUGGCAAAGUGCCCCCUGCCCCUCCCCCGCCACGCACCUCUAGGAUGCCCCCGAAGCCACCCUCUGGGGCCGCUAGCCAAGCUGGGGCAACCGAGUCCAGCUCUUCGGUUGACGUCGACCUGCAGCCUUUCCAUGAGGCCAUUGCCCUGCAUGGCCUCAAUGGCGCCAUGGCAAGCAUCAGUGUGCGAUCUGGCGCGCCUGGUUCCCCGCCUCAAGACAGCGGUGUGGCCAGCAGUGGACGACGAAAAAGUAGUUUCCUCGAGGAUGACCUGAACCCCUUUGGCUCCGAAGAACUAGCCCUCUGCCUGGACAGUGGGGGGAUCCGCAAGCGCACUUCGGCCCAGUUCGGUGAUGGCAUCACAGACUCCCCGUCCCACAAGCGCAACCGAAUGGUCUAAACUGCCUCGAUGGUCUCCAUCCACCAUAUUGCUUGAGAGCCAACUCGACCUUCAAUUGCUCGUGGGAGGAACAUGGAGGCCAUACUUCUUCUCUAAGUUAAACAAAGAUUUCUAUUAAGUUUACCAUAAAGAAACUUUAAAAGUAUUCCAGAAGAGGCCUCUCGUAUGACUCUGACUUUCCAAAAAUAUAAUUCUAUUAGAGUACAACAAAAAGUACGCAGUAGUUAGCAAGAUCAUUUAAAGCAAAAGUAUCCAGUCAGGGCGGGAGCCUGGUUUAUCUUGUUCACAGUUAUAUUCCUUAGCAUCUAGCUCAGUUGCUGGUGCUCAAUAAAUGUUUGUUGAAUGAAUAAAUGAAAUCUUAAUUUAAAAUCUUAAAUGGAAAAGACAACAGGUGUUUACUUGGUUAUAGGAUAAUUUUAUCCUUUUUUGAGGGGUUGUUGGCUUUAAUGGUCUUUGCCAAUUUUAUUACAUUAUGCCAAAAUGUAAGAUUUGAUAUCUUUGUGAAAUCUGGAGUCUUCCACAUUUACUCCACUGUACACUGCACCUAAUUUCUAGAAAAAAAACUGGAAGUAAUACAUUUUGGGCUGUGAUUUGCUUUGAAAAGUAGUUGAUCAUUUGGAGCUUAUAAUGGUGUAAAGAGGUGCCAUGGUGGUUGGGCAGGUAAUAUGUGAUAUUGGGUAGAUUCAGUACUCUCUUUAUGAAAAGAGAACAGAACAAUUGAGAUCCUGAUAAAAUAAGUUUGUAUCCCUAGUGGCCCGGUGGUGCUCCUUUUUCACAGGAAUGUCAAAAGUUCCUUUCUUGGAGGUUAUGUCUCUUUGGUGAUCUCUAUUUUGAAGUGGAAGACCAGUUAGCCAGAAUGAACUUCUGGUUUAAUUUAAGGGUGCAGCAUGGUAUAACUAAAAGACUAUGAGCUUUGUAUGAAAAGAACCAGUAAUGGAAUUCUUGCUUAACAAAUUAUGAUUUGGGGCAAAUCAUAUAAUGUCCAUUUACCUUAGUUUUUCAUCUGUUAAAUGGAACUGUGUGUCUGCUAAGAUCAUUGUAACAGAUGAAGUCCAUUCAAGUGUCUAACACAGUGCUUGGCACCUAGGGGUAUUCACUUAAUAUUCUCCCCUCUCUGUAAAUAAAAAUAAGUAAAGCAACAAAGCCCAUAAUAUCUUAGCAAAAGCAGCAAAAUAGAUCAAUUUAGAAAUCAGCAAAUAUAAUCUCUAUGUUUGAUCUAGUUGGAAUUCGCCUAAAUAUCACAGGCCUUGUAUUAAUUAUGAGUGUGUUGAACUUGUCACUCAGGAUCACCACUUUGGAUUUGAAGGCAGCCUUAGAGUUCCUGAAACUGCCUGAAUAAUACACUUUGCAACCAGGAUAAUGAAAACUUUACCUCUUCUGAUCUGAAAGAAUAUGGGGAGGGAGGUAUGGGUGGAAAGUUUUGAAAGUGGACAUCCUAGGGCACCUAAAAGGCUAAAAGUGGUUUUGAAUAAGGGUGGGUACAGUGCAGGUAAUAAAGGCAGUGGAGCAGGUAGGAGUGAGAUUAUGGGAGGAAUGGUGAGAAACUUAAAAAACCCAAAUCUCCUUCAAGGUCUCCCCAAAAAUCCAAAGCACAAAACAUUAUCAAUUUAUUAGUAAAACUUUGCCUUCAUUUCAAA